AAGUUGCAACAUCCACAAGAAUUACAUUAAAGUCACAUUAAGGGACUCAACUUCUGCAAUCUUUGGGGAAUAUAGCAAACAACUACAGCACUGGUACUCUCAUACCACCCGGGGCACCUGCCGAUUCUCAUGGCUCCAUCUGUACUUUGGCUGCUUCUCGUCCUGGAACUGUCAUCUGUUGGCGGCUUCUUUGUGGACACUGAUAAUCCCAUAAUCUUCCGGAAUUCUGCCAAAAGUUUUGGUUACCAGGUUGUUGAGCUGAAUCAGGGGGUUAUCAUAAGCGCUCCACUUCAUGAAGAUGUAACCAACAAAACUGGAGUGUUGUAUCGCUGCAACCCUGCAACUACAGUGUGCCAGCCAAUCAGAAUUAACGGCUCUCCUGAUGAUUUUAAAGCAUCACUUGGACUUUCUUUGGCAGUUGAUGAAAAUAAUUCCCAGUUGCUGGCAUGUGGCCCGACCCUGAAGAGAACCUGUGGAGAGAAUAUCUAUGUGAAUGGGCAUUGUUACCAGCUGGACAGUGAACUGCAAGUGAAGGAAACCUUACCUCCCUCUCUGCCAGAGUGCAAUGCACGCAGCCUUGACAUCGUUUUCCUCAUUGAUGGCUCCGGAAGUAUUAAAAUCUGGGAAUUCAGAAUAAUGUUGACGUUCGUAUCCACAGUAAUGGCUCAGUUCAACGGAUCUGAUGCAGUGUUUGCGCUCAUGCAGUACUCCACUAACUUCGAGACCCAUUUCGAUUUCACGGAUUUUUUGGAAACCAGAGAUAAGACCACACUGACAAAAGACAUCAAACAACAGAGAGGGCAAACUUAUACAGCCACUGCCAUCAAGAAAGUACUGGAAGAGUUAUUUAUUCCUAAACAUGGCUCUCGUUCCGGAUCCCAAAAGAUACUUAUUGUGAUAACAGAUGGACGGAAAAAUGAUGUCCUUCCAUAUGAAGAACCUAUUGCAGAGGCUGAACGCCAAGGGGUCCUCCGAUUUGCUAUUGGGGUUGGAAAUGCUUUCACCACACGUGAUGCACUUGAGGAGCUGAACAGCAUUGCAUCCAAACCAACUGAAGACCACGUCUUCCAAGUCAUCGACUUCUCUGCCCUCAGUCAAUUCCAAAAGCAGCUACAGGACAAGAUAUUUGCAAUCGAAGGCACACAGGUACAGACUGGCAGUGCCUUCCAGUUGGAGAUGUCUCAGGAUGGGUUCAGCUCCUUUCUAACAUCUGAUGGAUCAAUGCUUGGACUGGUUGGAGCCUACGACUGGUCUGGGGGAGUGUCCAUUUUCAAGAGCGGAAAGGACAAUAUCUGGAUAAAUGGAACUCAGGAAAAUGGAGACAUGAAAGCAGCCUACCUAGGGUACGCACUGCAGCCCUUGACCAGGAAUCUGAUCGCUGUUGGUGCCCCUAGAUACCAACACACUGGAAGUGUCCAUAUCUAUAUGAAAAGCGCCUCCAACUGGAACCAAAAGUUUGUUAUCAAGGGAGAACAGAUUGGUUCAUACUUUGGCUCAGUGUUGAGUGGAGGCUCUGUCAACUCAGAACCUGCCAAGCUUCUCCUCCUAGUGGGCGCACCAACGUAUUAUUCCCCUGCUUCCCCAGGGGGGCGGGUGUAUCUAUGUCCAAUUGACGGCAAGAUCAUAAAGAAAGCAAGGAGUUUGGCACUUGCCUCCAUCAUGUGCCCCACAAUUUUGCAUGGUGACCCAAAUCAAUACCUUGGCCAUUUUGGUUCUACCAUUUCCAUCCUACCUGAUUUGACUGGAGACAAAAUGAAUGAUCUGGCAAUAGGUGCCCCAUUUGAGGACCAAAACCAAGGAGCGGUAUACAUAUUCCCAGGACAGAGUGGAGGCUUUAGAGAUUCCUACCUCCAGCGUAUCUCAAGCAGUCAGGUCUAUGGAGGUCUCAUGUUCUUCGGAAGAUCAUUGAGUGGAAAACUAGACAUGACUAAGGAUGGGCUUCCUGACUUAACCAUUGGAAGUGAAGGGAGAGUACUCAUACUCAGGUCUCGACCUGUGCUUGGAGUCUCUGUGGCCAUGAGAUUCACGCCCAGUAAUAUCCGCUUGCCUUUCUUUGAGUGUCCAAAUCCCACUGAGAAAGGAGCAGCAGCAAAAAUUACAGUUUGCAUGACAACUAGUAAGAGAAGCACCGGAGACAAUGGAGAAGUCUCUGCCCUUUUGACAUACACUCUCCUGCUGGAUGCUAGACGAUCUACGACUCGCGCCAUCUUUGAUGGCACAGGACGCUCAAAAACUGAAACCAUACAGCUAAGAGAAGGGGCUGUGUGUGCGGACCAUUCCUUUAAUCUCCCUGAAUGUGUUGAAGAUUCUUUGACCCCUGUUAGAGUUGCUCUUAAUUUCACCCUCUCUGGAGUCUCCGUCUUGAGUGAGGAUUCACCUACCAACAUUUCAGACCAGAUAUUAUUUCAGAAGAACUGUGGGAUCGAUGAUCUAUGUCAGGAUGAUCUGAGGAUCACCAUGGGAUUUGCAGAUUUGAAAAACCUAGUGGUGGGGCUAUCUACUGAAGUUAAUGCAACAGUUUCAGUGCAGAAUCAUGGGGAGGAUUCCUACUACUCUCACGCUAUUAUGAGUCAUCCCAUUGGCCUGUCCUAUCGUAGGGUUGUUAUUAUUCAGAGCAACAGGCGUAUCUCACUCUCAUGUUCAGUCCUCAAUAGUGAGAUGGUAUACUGUGGCAUCAACAACCCUCUACUGCGACCCAACACUUCGGUGAUCUUCAUAGUCAGUUUUCAUGUCUCUUCCAGUGUUGAUCUGGGAAGCACCAUGAAGUUUUCAGCUAUUGUCGCCAGUGAUAAUGGUGGAGUGCCCAAUGACCAAAUGAAAUCUUCAGCCCAACUAAAAGUUCUAUAUGGAGUUUAUGUAACUGUUUCCAGUGGUGAAGACUCCACAAAAUACACAAACUUCUCGUCUGACGGUGCCAUAACCGAUAUUCGCAGUGUGCAGCAUGUAUACAAGGUGUUGAACUUGGGCCAACGUCCUCUACCUCUUUCAGUCAUCCUCAUGGUCCCUGAGAAGCUAAAGGAGGUUCCUGUAUGGGACAGGAUAAAUAUCACAUUCUCAGAGGAAGAACUUUCAAAUGGAACCAUUGACUGCAGCAGCAGUGUGCUGACUCCAAAAACAGAGAAUAUUGAGGAGAACCUGAAAUCCCGUGCUGUUCUGGAUUGUGCAGUGAUGACUUGUGUCCAGUAUGUGUGUAACAUCAGCAGUUUAGACACUCAGGAUUCAGUGCAGUUUAUGAUCAGUGGACAAGUAACCAAAGAAUGGACCACACUGACAGCCCAGCAGAAGGUUUCACUCCAGAGUUCUGCAGAACUCAUAUUUGAUUCAGAGAAGUAUCAGCACAUUCUGGAACAGAACGAGCCUUUCAUCAGGACCCAGAUCCAGACAGUGCUGGAGGUGAACUCAGAGUAUAACUAUCUGCCGAUUAUUGCUGGAAGCAGCGUAGGAGGCUUGUUGCUUCUGGCUCUGAUUACCGCUGGGUUGUACAAAGCUGGGUUUUUUAAACGUCAAUACAAAGACAUGAUGGAAGCUCCAGAUGGAGCAACUGAGGGACAAAAUGAACCUGCUGGGGACUCACAAAACCCGGAUAUAUGAGAAGGAUCUAAAGAAUGAGGACCCAUCUGCAAGUUCAUGCCAAAGCAUGUAGAGCCAUGUUUGCACACAGAACCACCAUGGAGACAUAUGGACUUUCAGAGACAUAUAUAUAUUUUAUAUAGGGAAGCAAUCAGAUAUUUAUGCCUCAAUGGUCAUUAAAAGGUACUCAUACAAAGCCACACAGGCUGCCAGCUUUACCUCUCUUAACUGAGCUGGAAGCCUAUUGGCCCGUGUAUGUCCUGAAAAAGUUGUUGUUAGUUGGGGCUUGUUCAGAUCUCACUGAGCUGAGCAGAAAAUCCUAUUGACCAAGAACCACAUUUGGCCAUGGAUUUGGUCCUCAGCUCUACAUUACCUGGUAUGUUUCAAACCCUUGCUUGAGGGACACUUCGCAAUGGCCAGGAUAUUUGUCAACCUGGACAGACAUGAAGAUCUUUCUGUAUACGGCUAACUUUAGAAGAGCCAAUACAACAUUAAUCCCCACAAUAUCAGGGAUUAUUGAUGAUUUUGAGUAUUAAGGCUUUAAUAAGAUUUAUGGGUACAAAAUGAUGGCAGACAGGCUCUGAAGGACAUCUAUGUACCUUCAUUAUCUGUUGUAUUCACACAUCUGCAUAAUAACAGUCCAGUUCCAGAAGAGGCCAAUAUCUUUAAAAUAUGUUCAGGCUAUUCAUCUUCCAUUCUGAAGGACAAAUAAAUAAUUAUAAAACUACCAUAAACUAAAAUAUGACGGGUAAUUGCAAAUUAAGAAUGCAUAUUUUUAGGUGAACUACUCUAUUAAUGUCAUCAGACAGCACCACCAGCACAGAGGUGAUCUGUAGAAACCCCCUAAAACUCUACCGUUGUGGAAACCAUUUUAGACGAUGCCUUUAAAUGGACUGUAGAUCCCUUUCUGCAUCUGAACAGUACAAAUAUACACUGAUCAUUUGAAUAGUUCAUCGCCCCAAAUUCUACUUCUUCUUCUUUGACGUCAGGGGAUGUGUGAAUUGAGGAAGUCACAAUCAAGACAAAACAAGAGCUUCUUUAAUAUAAAAUAACUGCCUCCUUGACAUUUAGGAGAAUUUCUGUCAUCUCCUCAUUAGUGUAUUGUUCAACAAUUCCUCAAUAAUAAGAAAAAUGAUGUGAAAUAAGGAAUAUGCUCUAAAUGACUCCAUUGUUGACCUUCCAAGAGCAUUUCAAAUUUGAAAGCCACAGCAUGCUCUUCUACAUUUUAACCCAUGGCACCUCAAGCUAUGGAAACCAAGGGCAUAUGUCCCCUGUCCCAUUUCAAAUGCCCAAACUGGCCUACCAAAUUAGCCCACACAUGGAAAGGAGUAAAUAGGAAGUCUCUCUGGUGCACCAUCUGCCAAUACACUGAACUAAAUCCUAAGUGACCCUUCCUCCCUUUUAUUAUUGUGCUUUGUAGUUAAUUGUUACAGCGAUAAUCGCUUCCCCUUGUUUUACCCCAGCUUGCAUCUUCUGACCAACCCCAAACUCCUCCCUACCUAAUAAUUGAUUGAAAUAAAGUAACCUGAUUGUACCCUA